AUGGCAGCACAGAAGGCCAAGAAGCAAGCCGAGAAAACCGAUCGGGCCGGCUUUUUUGCGACCCGAGCGUCGACGCCAAAAUUGAUGGGCCUAGCUGACCAGGGACAAGAUGGCGACGGAGGUAAUGACACACUGCCACUACCAACAUCCCCAGGCACACAAAACCUGCCAGUUACCCAAGACUUCCUACAGAAGUGUCUAGACACCAUGUCCAGCAGGAUUCUUGAAACCCUGCAAGGUACACUAGGAGAAGUGAAAAGGGAGAUGCAGGAGCUGGGGGACAGGACUGCACAAGUGGAGAACCGUGUGGAAGAACAAGCCACUGUGCAUAAUGUUAUGGCAGAACAAGUACAAGAGCUGCAACAACAACUUGACACCACGCAGAGGAAGGUCAUGGACCUAGAGGACCGUUCGAGACGGCAGAACCUUAGAAUCAGAGGCAUCUCUGAGGAGGUAAAGCAGCAAGAUCUACAUGAAUACCUAAUAAGGGCUGAUAUUUUACUGCUGGAUAGAUAUCACAGAGUGACACCCCCAGAGAUGUGGCUAAAGAAGCACUACAAAAUGCUACCCUCCGCUUAUACAGUAUAGAUGGGGAUUCCCUAUCCGCCUCCUAA